CAAUUUUUACAAUUUGAGUUAAAGUAUUUUGAAGUUUAAAUUUUUAUUUUAUUUCUAAAAUUUCUUCUUACAAAAGUUACAUUAUUUUUGGAAUGUUAAUUUUUUAUAAAGAAGAAUGACAUACAACUUUAAUAUUUAGAUUACGUAAUUAAGACGGAUAACAAAGAGACAUGUAAGCGCUAAAUUAUUUACUUUGGAUUAUGGACCUUACAUGUAAAUUAAGGCUUUUGUUAAACAACCUUUUCCUAUGACUCAUGUGUUAAAUUGUUUAUAACACCUGUCACCCAUGACUGGAUUAUUGACCAACCAGUGAAAAUAGGUUGUGGUCAAGGGAGUUUUACAAGGUAAUUUUUGAUUGGUGAAAACUGGAGAAAGUUAAGAAAUCAGUGAUCAUGUGACCACGCCCGCAUGGAAACAAUUUAUGUUUUCAACGGUCACUUUGAUUACUGAUUUCAAGAAAUAAACAUCUAUAUUUACUAGAACUUUCUCUUGUUUUACACCAGGUAAGCUGAAUUAUAUUUUUAAUAUUUUUGUUCUAUUUAAAUUAAAGAGUUUAGCUCGCUUUAUAUUUUGGAAAAGCUAACUAAAGUUAAAAUUCAUUUUAUGAUAUUCACUUUAAUUAAUUGUAUAUAUUUUGUAUAGAUUAUAUUUCGUUUCCAUUGAGAUUAAUUAUUUUUAUGUUGGUUACGCUUAGGACGCGAUGCUUUUUAUUUAUGUAAACAAUUGAGAUACAUUUCAAGAAUUUAUUUAAUUCAUAUCUAUUUUAUGUUUAGAAACAUUUAGUUAAUUUUAUAAUAGUUAUUUGUAAAAGAUUAUUUAAAGUCCGGAAAUAUUUCAUAUUGUAUCCGUAUUAAUUUUAAGUAUUACAAUGUCCAGGGGAGAUAAUUUGUAAUUUUUAUUUGCCGGGAGAAAUGUCUUUUGUUGAUAAAGCAAUGAUUAAGAGUUAAAUCGAAAGCUAAAUAACAUAGACAUGAGACCUUAUAUUCUACUUUAUUAUUCUGUGCUAAAAGUCAUCAGACACAGCACGAGAAGUUGGUACAACAUUUGGUGGAGAGACCGAAAGAUCCAAAGCUAGUCCCAAAACAAGUAAGAAGAUAACAUCAGCAACAUACAAAUGCCAGCACCACUGAAUAGCUACCUUCUCCGAAGUCAAGAUACUAUAAGACCAGAAGCAAGGGUGCAUCAACAAGCAACAGAGACAACAGCUUCAACGUCAACAGCUUCAACUUCAACAUCAACAGGUCCUGUCCUAUUAACAGAAACAAUAUCAACUGUGACCACACCCACAUCAACAGAAUCAACUGCAUCAACAGCAUCAGCAACAUCAACUGCACCAACAGCAUCAACACCUGCAGUAGUCCAAGUGAUAAGAGAAGUGAGUGUGAACAUGCCGUCAGGAAUAAACCUAAACAAUUAUGAUGGGAAAUCAUCUGCAUCACAAUGGUGGGGAUAUUUUAUACGUUGGACCCUCAUACAAAAAAUGUGCGAACAACAACAGUGUAAUUCUUUUCCAUUCUUUAUGGCAGAUGGUAUUCCAAAACAAUGGUUUGCAACACUUUCAGAUACUGUGCAUAAUUCAUUACAGCUAUUGAAGGAUGAAUUUUUCAAACGCUUUGAAAAAUCACAAGGGCUGUUUGAUGUUAACAUUCUCCACUUAAAACAAGGCCAAAACGAAAGAGUGGAUGAGUUUAUGGCAAGAUUACAGGAAAACACCAUAGGACAGGACAUUCCUGACAAUAUAAAGAUAGGCAUUGCAAUUCAAGGUUUCAGAGGGGAGAUAGGGAAAACAGUCCACAACACUUUUCCAAAGCCAGUUACCUUGGAACAAUUAAGGGCCAUUGCAGAAAAUGCAGAGAAAUCGGAACAACUUGUACCAGCAUCGUCAAUAACUGCUGAUACGAUUGCAGCAAUACUGGAGGCCAAGAUGCAGGAACCAUUGGAGGAAAUUAGAAGACUGCAUACCUCGAUCAACAUGGCAAAACCAAACCAGCCUCAACAACAGAACAAACACAGGUACAACAAACCAAGACCAAACUAUCAACAAAGACAGGGUUAUCAACAACAACAUGCUUUUGUACCGCAACAACAGUACAUUCAACAACAGCCAGUAGUGUAUAAUGGACAACAGUACAGCCAACCGAUGCCAGCAGCAGUACAGAAUCCAUAUCACCAGCAGCAGCAACAACAACAACAAGAUGAUGGUUCAUGUGAAAAUUGUGGUAUGUUUUGUGGUACUAAUUGCCCAGCAAGAAAUAAAGAGUGUUUUAAUUGUCAUAAGAUAGGGCAUUAUGGUCGUAAAUGCAGAGGUUCUCAAAAAUCUGGUCAAAACCCCCCUUUUCACCGCUAG